UGGAAGUGGUAAGAUUUUGGACUGUGUGUGUCCCAAAUCGAUCUGUGGUGGUGACUGAAGCGAUAACAGAGAGAGUAAUGGCGGGAUGUUAGCGCUUAUCGGCGCCUAAUUGGUUCCUGUUUGAAGCGAAGGAAUCGUAGCAGAGACGACAACAAUGGCGGGCUGUUUAGCCACUGCCACUCUUACAACCACUUCUCCUCAACUUUCCUCUUCUUCUCCAUCGAACUGUCGCCCUCUUUUCAGUUUCAGGAGGCAAAUUGUCGGACUGGGUAUUUCCUCCGUAGCGCCAAUCCUCCGUCGACGACGUGUGCCGUUUCAAUUAGGUUUCAGAAGGUACGAUGAGAAAGGCCGGUUUCGUGUCGAUUAUGUUGCAAUUCCAGUGUCGAAUUGCACCAGAAGUGGUGCGGAUACCGAUUUGGAUUUUACAGAGUCGAUCGAUUGCGUGGGGACUGCUCAGGAUGUGGAGUGUGUGGUUUCAUCGACUGAUGAAGAAUUAGGGAUUUCUUCUGAUUUUGAUAAUGAUGGUGAUGGUUCUGUGGCAGUCUUGGAGAAAGCCUGGGAGUUUGCUGUGUUGGUUUCGCCGUUUUUCUUUUGGGGUACGGCUAUGGUGGCCAUGAAAGAGGUGCUUCCAAGGUCUGGUCCUUUCUUCGUUUCCGCCUUUCGUCUUGUACCUGCUGGUUUCCUCUUGAUUGCCUUUGCUGCUUUCCGCGGUCGCCCCUUUCCUUCUGGGUUUUCUGCUUGGAUUUCCAUCCUUCUUUUCGCUCUAGUCGACGCUACAUUAUUUCAGGGCUUUCUUGCUCAAGGCUUGCAGAGGACAUCCGCAGGCUUGGGUAGUGUAAUAAUCGAUUCUCAACCAUUAACCGUGGCACUGCUUGCAGCCUUCUUAUUUGGUGAGUCCAUCGGUUUAGUUGGAGCCGCUGGACUUGUACUUGGAGUUUUAGGACUUUUACUCCUUGAGGUUCCUUCACUUACUUUAGAUGCAAGUAGCUUUUCGUUGUGGGGAAGUGGAGAGUGGUGGAUGUUUCUGGCUGCACAGAGCAUGGCAGUAGGUACUGUCAUGGUCCGCUGGGUUUCAAAGUAUUCUGAUCCUAUUAUGGCAACUGGAUGGCACAUGGUGAUUGGUGGUCUCCCGCUUUUGGCGAUCUGUUUCCUUAAUCAUGAGCCUGCAGUCAGUGGGAGUCUUCAGGAUUUUACAACCAAUGAUAUACUAGCACUCUUUUAUGCAUCUAUAUUUGGAAGUGCUGUUAGCUACGGUUCUUUCUUCUAUAGUGCAACAAAAGGUAGUUUGACAAAGCUUAGCUCUCUCACCUUUCUCACUCCAAUGUUUGCUUCAAUUUUUGGGUUUCUAUAUUUGGGAGAGACAUUUUCACCUAUUCAACUGGUUGGAGCCGUUGUCACUGUGGUUUCUAUAUACGUGGUCAACUAUGGCAGUAGUUUGGAAUGAGCUCACAAGAUCUGUUCACGCUUUCAACAUUCAAAACAAAGGUUGCCUUUCAUUAUCGGACAUGAAAGGCCAGUUUACAUAAUACUAAACUUAGAAGAAAUUUCCACGAUAGGAUAUACUUGAUGCAAUACUUUAUUGUGCUGCAAUCUGAUAGUACAUGUGCGGUUGACAGAUCAAUCUUGUGCGUGCAAACGCACUUAGCGAUGAUGCAUGAUUUAUGGACGUCUGCUAUCAAGAGCCCUCGUCGCGCAAAUCUCUUGUGAGUUUUGAACUAUCAGGGGAAGAUCUUUCGUAGCAUUUGUAAUUUUAGUGAUCGUUCGUCGUAGGACGAUGCCUAUUUGUAGCAUUUGUAUUCAAAUUAUGUAAUUAUGGCAUUUGUAAUAUAAGAUUAUUGUAAUUAUA